UAAUUAGAACUUAGUUGUGUUGAGGUAUCUAAUCUAUCAAUAUCAUUUUUAGAUCUAGCUAGGAAAAGUGAAUUAAACACUUUUCUUACAAAAUAAAAGGAAAGACAAAUUUAAUUGUAAUAUUUUGGAUGGUAUGGUAUCUAACAGAAAAUUUCACCAGGAGCACAAAGACACUGGUAAAAUUCCUAUUCCUAAUCAUGGGUCUAAAUGGAAUCAUGGUGUUGCAAAACAACCACCAAUCAGUGACCUUAGAUAUGUGAUAAACACUCUAAGGGCUAGUGGUAACGGUUCCAUCUACUUGGAAAAUUUCAUUAGAGGAGUGGUAAGAGAUGUGGUGGAAAGCAAAAUCCAAGAGCGCCUACUUUCAAGCAGUGAAAAGUUCAAUGAGGCUGGCAAAUCUGGAGCCAGAACCUUAGAGUUACAUUUUAUUAAUAAUAAGUUACCUGAUACAAUUUUUACUCAAUCUAAUAUAAUAGCAAAGGGUGAACCACCUCUCCAAGUUGCUCUAUUUGAUGUUGGAUCUAAGUCAAUAGUUAAUGAUGGUACCUUAUCUUCAACAAAGAUAGAGAUUUGUGCACUUGAUGGUGAAUUUGGAUCUUAUGGUGGCAGUGAAGAUUGGACUGAAACUGAAUUCAAUGAUAAUAUCUUGCGCGAAAGAGAUGGUAAAAGGCCAUUAUUGGUUGGUGACAAGAUUAUUACUCUUGAAAAGGGAGUUGCUUCCAUCUCUAAAAUUAUGUUUACUGAUAAUUCAAAAUGGUUAAGAGGCAAAAAGUUCAGGUUAGGGGUUAAAGCUAUGCAAAAUGGAGAAAACAUUAAGGAAGGUAGAAGUCAACCUUUUAGGGUCAAAGAUAACAGAGGAGAAUCCUACCAGAAACAUUACCCUCCAUACUUGAAUGAUGAUGUUUGGCGUUUGGAGAAAAUCGCUAAAGAUGGAGAAUUCCACAAGCGGCUCUCUAACCAUGGAAUUCACACUGUUAAGGAUCUCUUGAAGUUACUCAUAAUCAAUGAAUCUUCAUUACAUAAGAUAUUUGGCAAGAUUCCAAACAAGUCUUGGUUAGCAAUUAUCGAACAUGCCAAGAAUUGUAUCGUGGAUGAUUACAAGCUUUAUAGCUAUCUGGCAAAUGGGCAACAAAUAGCGCUGAUAUUCAAUGCCAUCUACAAACUUGUGGGAGUGACAAAUGAUGCACAAAAUUACUAUUUACCAGAGACUGUCACACCCAACCUGCAGAAUAUUGUAAAAAUUUUGAAGCAGGAUGCUUACAAAAAUGUGGAUAAUAAUUUGGAACCAAUCGAUGAAGCUAAAUUGAACUCUAUAAGCCUAGCAGCAUGUUUAAAAUCAGCAGCACAAUCCGACGCUCCAGUUCAAGGUCUACAAUAUACUGAUAUCUCUACAGCACAAGGUCAAAGAGAAACAGGACCAUGUGAUGCUCAGCCAUGUACCUCUACUUCAUAUGUUAAUGAAGGAAUGAAUAAUUGCCAAAUCAAUGUUGAUAAUUCAGUGGCAAACAUCGAAGAAAUACUGAAUUUCUUAAAUAACGUUUCAUUCGAUUUUUCUGAUGGAGCAGAGUGUAGCACCCGUGUUAAUUUCGUCAAUUCUGUUACGGAUAUAUCAAACAACGGGAAACCAAAAGCAGUAUGGCGUAAGAUUCGCGCUGUUAUCAAAUGGGGAAUAUCAGUGAGAAAGGUUGCAGCUGCAAAGAGGAGUUAUUAGACUCAAAUUGUUUCAUAUUAUCAAUGUUGAUGUCAAUUUCUAAGUACAAUGUGCCUAGUUAAUUAGUCCCAAGUCAAGGACAUAAGUUCCUUAGAUGUCUUAUAAUUAGUUGUGUGUUUUGUGAAGCUUACAUUGAUCAAUUUCAACCGCAGUGACGAGACGUGAAAGAUCGAGUCCUCCUGUACAAUAUUAUACUAGUGUUGAUGUUGUCUGUAAAAUAGUUUUUAUACAUAAUGUCUAUCAUCAUUCAAAGUUUACUAUGUUGGUAGUUUGUAUUUCAUGUAAAAUCAUUAUGUAACAAACACAGAUUAAUGUGAUAAUACAGUACUUGUAAUUUA